AGCUGCAGGGAGAGGAAUUGGACCGGCUGAGGAGGAUCAAUCAGGACCUCAGGAGUCAAAGCGCUCAACUUGACGCUCAGAUUGAAACCAUCACCAUGGAGCUUUCUGAGCGGCUCCAGGAUGAAACAGGAGACGCAGCCGGAUUCUCUUCCCUCACGACUCAUGAAGCUCAGGUCUGUCAGCAGAAACCUUCAGGUCUGGACAACAUCAACUCCCCUGAGCACGUCCGUCGCCGUCUGUCCCUGCAGCUGCCCAUCCUCCAUCACUCCUACCUUCCCAUCGUCGGAGGAAUCAGCUCCAGCAGCUCCAGCCUGUUCGGCAGCCAUGGCGCUGUUGUUUACCUGCAUCAUGACCACUUCCUGCAAAGCUGUGGACAGGAAGCUGCAGACUGAGAGUUAAUCAGGAUCUGCUUGGUGGGAAAAUAUUCCAAUGAAUGUAAACGAAUAAAAUGU